AUGGCGUCCAAGCGAAUGACCGCGAACCCAGUCAAGCCAGCUCGGUAUAGACCAGGAAAGCCCGUCGCGGAAGACGCGUCGUCUGAAGAAGAUGAUGACGACUUAGAAGGGGAGCAGCAACCCCAGAGACCAAUCCUGUCUGCACCACCCAAGGCGACGUCUUUCCGUCCAGAAACUAGUAAGGUUGCGGCAAAUAUCAGAAAAAUAGAGAUCAAUGAGAAAGCUGCCGCAGAAGAGAUUGCGAAAGCCGCAGCGGACGACGACUUUGUGACGGAAGAAAGCGAGGAGGAAGAAGGUAGCAAAGAUAGAUCCGAGAGUGAGCUAGACAGCAUUAGCGAACAGACCAGCAGCGAAGAUGAAGCGCCCAAAAAGUUAGUCCGACCAACUUUCAUCAAAAAAGGCCAGAGAAAGGAGGCAAAUCUGGUGGAGUGCAAGAAUGAAGAUAAUCAAUGGGCUGAAGAAGAAGCUCGGCGGAAAGAGAAGGCCGACGCGAUGAUUCAGGAACAGCUUGAGAAGGACGUGGCAGCUCGCGCUGCUGGUAAGAAGGACUGGGACGAUGAUGAACUAGAGGAGAUUGAUCCAGUGGAUGACGCGGAUGGUCUGGACCCAGAGACGGAGCGUGCUGCCUGGAAACUUCGUGAGCUCAAGCGUGUCAAGCGAGAACGAGAAGUUAUUGAAGAGGCCGAGAAACAAAGAGAAGAGGUCGAGCGACGGCGAAACCUUAGCAAAGACGAGCGAGAUGCGGAAGACAGGGAAUUCUUGGAAUCACAAAGAGACGCUAGAGACGGCAAAGGCACGAUGUCAUUCAUGCAGAAAUACUACCAUAAGGGUGCUUUCUUCCAGAAUGAUGCUGUUGCUGAAGAGCUUGCGAAUCGGGACAUCAUGGGCUCAAGAUAUGCGGAUGACGUUGCGAAUAGAGAUGUGUUGCCGCAAUACAUGCAGAUCAGAGACAUGACUCAACUGGGUAGAAAGAGCCGCACAAAAUACAAGGACCUCAAGUCAGAAGAUACAGGAAAGUGGGGCCAAGACGGGAGUAGGGGCCAUAAGAAAGGGGAUGUGGAGGAGAGAUUCAUGCCUGGUGGUGGGAGAGGGAGGAGUGGGGCCAAUGCAGCACCACUUGGAGAUAGAAGGAAGGCUCCCGAGGAUGCGCCCCGAGGCCCAAAGGAUCGGGGUGAAGGGAUCAGUAGAGAUAGCUACAGGCCACAAGAUGACUACAGGAGAGGUAGUCCUGACGCCGAAGAGCAACGGAAACGACCAGACUCGCGAUCACGAUCUUACUCGAGACGAAGGAAGCGCAGGCAGUCGUAUUCAUCUUCAAGGUCACGGUCUCCACGGCGAGGUCACGAAGCGGGCUUGAGAAGUCGGCGAAAACGGAACCCUUCGUCCAGCAGGGACCGGUUUGAUGAUGACAAGAGACAAAGGAUUGAUGCACAUUGA